AUGUAUCUUUAUGGACUCUCGCACGUCAGAUGGCGAGAAGAAUUCGCGGAUUGCACUCUCCUCUUCACCGACAUUGUCACAUUUACCAACAUUUGUGCCCUCUGUACACCAUAUGACGUCGUCACCCUUCUCAACGAUCUUUAUCUUCGAUUUGAUCGAUUGGUCGGAUUGCACGACGCCUACAAAGUGGAAACCAUUGGCGAUGCCUAUAUGAUCGUUGGGGUGUCCCAGAGCACUGUAGCAUUCCUUGGAAUGUUGAUGGAAUCCAAAUUGGUCCUUUCUCCAAUCACCCAUAAACCCAUCAAAAUUCGUUUGGGCGUUCAUUGUGGUCCCGUUGUUGCCGGAGUUGUUGGAAUUAAAAUGCCAAGAUACUGUCUUUUUGGGGAUACUGUAAACGUGGCGAACAAAAUGGAAUCGAAUGGAAUUCAAUGCAAAAUUCAUGUCAGCGAAUCGGCGAAGCUGAAUGGCCUCAAAGCGAAUCCUUCUUACGUUUUCAUUGAUAGAGGAAAUACAGAAAUUCGGGGAAAAGGAAUGAUGUACACAUUCUUUUUAGAGCGAAACGAUCGGAAAAGUGUUUGGGAGCUUUGUGCCAGACCGAGAUCCGGCGAGCAAACCAUCGACGGCUACAUGGAGCUCCACGACCAAGCCAUUUAUCAAGAAGAGGGUACUGUAGAAUCCCAAAAUGCCGAAAACGGGACCACCCAUACAACAAAUGCUUCAAAUAACAAUAAUACUCAUCAUUCGGGACGAAAAAUGAUGAAUGGCUCAAGUGUGGACCCAGGAAGUCAUCAUGUUCGAUCACCAACUUGCACAAUUUGCUGA